ACACAGAGUGCGGUCAACACCUGCCAACAAAAAUAUCUCUUUCGCUUUUGCUGAUCUCCUCCUCUCUUUCCUCCGCUCCCCGUCUUCGUCUUCCCCUGCCGAACUCACCAAUUUAAGUGCUGCCCUCUCUCUUACCAGCUCCCGGUCCAUCUCUGCUCGCCCAAGAACCGCUCCAAGUAGCUCUCCACCCUCCUUUUCGAGCCUUAGAUCCGCUCGUUGUUGCUCCAGAUGUCCCGCCCAAUGUAAGUGAUUUCCUUUGUCUGGAUCGGUACACCGACGGGUGAGCUCGAGUGAGCGCUGACUGCUGGGGAGGUGGUGCUUCCUUAGUCGAUCGAGGAACAGGGAUGAAGAUACAGUGCGACGUGUGCGAGAGGGCGACGGCGGCAGUGCUGUGCUGCGCCGACGAGGCCGCGCUCUGCUGGGGUUGUGACGAGAAGGUGCACGCCGCCAACAAACUCGCCGGAAUGCACCAGCGAGUCCCCCUCCUGCUCCCCGCCAAUUCCAGCUCUUCUUCUUCGCAUAUCCCCUCCUGUGAUAUCUGUCAGGAGAAAGCUGGGUACUUCUUCUGCUUGGAGGACCGUGCUAUGCUCUGUCGGCAGUGCGAUGUCACCAUCCACACAGCCAGUCCAUAUGUGUCUUCGCAUCGACGGUUUCUGAUCACUGGUGUGAGGGUUGGACUUCAAGAUAAAAUUACCAGCAAUAGAAACAACAGUAGCAGUUGCAGCAAUAGCAGCAACAGCACUCUCAGAUCUGCCGUGUCCAUUGAUUCAAUUGCCGAUAAGAUGGUCUUGGAGGAAGGUGUUAAGUCACAAUGGCCUUGGCAUGAGCUUCUUGAUAGUUCGGAGUUCGAUCAGCGAUAUCGGCUGUCCAAUCCAGGUUCUUUCAGCUAAAACAGUUUGUAAAGAAAAUUGUGGCCUUUUAUCUUUACAAAAAAAGCAGGAAAGAAAAUAAGGUUGCAACUUGAAUGAUACAGUUCAUGGAAUUUGUUUGAGUGCUUUGAUUC